AAAAAUUGUGCAUUAUAUAUUGUCAAAUAAAUAAUUAUCAUAAGAAAGAAAGUUAAGUCAAAAUGUGUCAGGAUACAAGCACAUUUACAGAUUGGAUAAUUGGCUUCUAAAUGAGGCAAUGAAUGUCAUAAACCAGACCAUUGUCACUGAGAUUCUUCUACUUGGCUUUCAGGAUCUUCCAAAUAUUAAGACAUUGGUUUUAUUUUUCCUUCUUAUUUUUCCUAUUGUGACCAUAUGUGGAAAUAUUCUGAUUAUUUGGCUCGUGGCAUCUAACAGCAGUCUCCAGUCUCCCAUGUACUUAUUCCUAACACAACUGUCCAUUACUGAUUUACUUAUAACCACAGCCAUUGUCCCAAACACACUUUAUAUUAUAUUUAGUGAAGGGGACACAAUAUCUUUUUAUGGUUGCAUUAUUCAGUUUUAUUUUUUCGCUUGCUCUGAAGCCUCUGAAUGUUUUAUUUUGUCAGUAAUGGCUUUUGACAGAUAUUUGGCCAUCUGUAACCCUCUGAGAUAUAGGUCUUUAAUGAACCCUAUUGUAUGUGUUAAAUUGGUUAUCGUCACUUGGCUGUUAAGCUUUUCUAUUGAAUUAGGUGUAAUAAUAUCAACAAUUCAGCUUCAGUUUUGUGGUCCAAAUGUUAUUGAUCAUUUUUUCUGUGAUCUUGUCCCAUUGAUAGAACUUUCUUGUUCAGACACUAGUUUUAUUGAAAUGGAGGUUCUCAUAUUGUGCAUACCAGUUACUGUUACUCCACUUAUAAGUAUUGCAGUUUUUUAUGUGUAUAUUGUCCAGGCUGCACUUAGGAUCUCCACCACAAAUGGGAGAUCAAAAGUCUUCUCCACUUGUAGCUCCCACCUGACUGUGGUUAUUAUAUUCUAUGGCACAAUACUUGGAAUUUAUAUGCUCCCAACAAAAAAUAAAUCCAUGACUGUCAACAAAAUGGCAUCUUUGCUUUACACUGUGCUGACACCUAUGAUUAAUCCAAUCAUAUACUGUCUGAGGAAUGAAGACAUCAAGAAUGCUGUGAAAAAAAGCUUUGGUAAUAUAAAUGAAUAA